GUAAAAGUUAAAAUUUUUAACAAAAACUUUGAAUUCACUCUUUGGGCUAAAGUUGUAUCGGCAGCAUGGAUAAUUUAGAGGCCACUCGUGCGCUUUGUGAGAUAUUAAAGAUUCCACUGCCCGAUAUCCCUACCAAUGGCCAACAUGUAGAUGCUGGCAGUGAUUGCGAUUCGAAGUCGCGCCUACAGCAGAUGCUCAAUGCAGAUGCUAAUGAGUUUGUGCCGUAUUGCAAGCGCGAGUCCGAUGCCGAAGAUGAGGACUUGUUAAAUUUGAAUGCAUUGAAGCGACACUUUGAGGCAUUCGACGAGUACAAAGAGCCGGAAAAAUCCGCUUUGGUUGUCAGUGAAGUCGCAGAUACGCUCAAGAGCAAGCAGCUGACAUUACCCUGGAAGGGGUUCCCCAAAACAUUGCGGACGGAACGCACCAAUCGCAAUACUGUCGUAAACGGCACGCACAUUGCGCCUACGAAGAAGGAUGCCCAAUCUACGGAUUCAACGAUGAAGCGUGCGAGGAAAGACAAAACAGCAACAGACAAGGACAUUCAAGGAAAUGCUAAAGAUAAUGACAAUGAAAAUGCACCUCUGCCACUUCCAACAAAGAAAAAGUAUGAAGCCGAUGAGAAAAAACGUGAACAUGAGCGGAAGGUGGCUCUGGAAGCCUUGAAGCUUGUUGAGCAGCGACGAAUGCGCGAACCACUUGUCCCGGCGAUCAGGGGAAAUAUAUUGCCAUCAUCUAAAUUACAGCGUCCAGUGGUUCAUUUAACGCGCUCUCCAGUGAGAUUUACGCCCGAAGAACGUGAACGUGUCGAUCGCUUGCGUGUGCUCAAACGCGAGCGGAUUGAGUUCGUGCUGCGCGAAAUGAAGAAGGAGCGGGAGCAGCAGAAGAGCCGCAAGAAUCCACCAGGUAGAGAUCGUAAUGCUAAAGCUGGAGAAAAAGUUGGCGAACCACAUCCGCGCAGUGAAGAGGUUGAGGCUCUUUUGCCCAUACCCAAGCGCAAUAUAAGCAGCAAAGUAGAUAUACCGGAUGAACCAAAGCACGAGUCCAUCGUGCCGCCUAAGCGUUACAUUUGUCUCCAGCGUUCCAAGCCAGAGCAAGUAGUUGUGCCAGCGGCUAAGCCAUUAUUGCCAGCUCGACGUUACAUACCCACAACUAAGGAAUGGGAUGAGCAAUGCAAGGCUAAACAAUUGUUGGCCGAAGCCAAGGCAUUGACGAAGUCCACCAUGGUUACAAAUAAAGAGAAUAAGGAGAAUGAGUUUGUGCAUGCCCCAAAUCAGCUUAUGGCCCACACAAAACUCAAGGAGCACAAGCUGGAUCAGGCUGAACAGCCCAAACGCGAGCUCCUCCAGUGUGUGAGCAAUGUGGGACGUGCCUCCAGCAUUCAAUACCAACAGGACGAAAUGCACGAGGAGCUGGUGUUAUCGGGAAAUGGCAAUGAAUAUAUUCUGCGACGUCGGCGCACAUACGGCACCGGAUUUCGUGCUCCGAAUACUAGCAUGGAGGAAUACUCCCUUGAAGUGGCACCAGGAGAGAUGCGUCGCGGCAAUUUGACUCACGCACGUAACCUGGUACGCGCUUUUCCCAAUUGGGUUCCAUCCCCAGUCCCAACUCCAGUGGGUACAGGUGUAGCCGCUCACAGUUCUCCAGAGUUGACGGCAAAAAUGCUACACAAGAAUAAUAAUGUGAUACGCUAUAAUAUCGAGCAGUUGCUGCAGAUGGAGCCAGAGCCUGCUGAUAUGAAAAAACCGAACUUUGCAGAAUUCCUGCACAAGUUUGGCUUCAUCUAUGAAUAGCAUAGGCGAUUGAGAGGAUUCCCUUUAAUCUACCAUUUAUAUAUUCUGCCUUUGUAUGUGUAUAUUUAUUUUUAGUAUGCCUUCAUUAACCUUUUUCAGCAGUCCCUUUAACAGUUCAAGAGGUUUAGUUACCAGUUAUGUUA